AACAAAGUACGGGAAUUCAGGCUGACACUGUAAUUUGACAACUAAGUUUCUUAGAUGCCUUUAUUUGCAGGAACUUUGUUGACCACUGCAGGUUUAAAGAAAACAAAUUUCUAAAUAUGCUCGCUGGCAGGUAACUAUGUAUUUGGAAUCAACAGUUUGUCACAAUAAAUCCACAUGCAAACUUAUGAGAAACUGCACUCCCGUUGACUCGUCACUCAUAGGUACUUUGCCUACAGCCACAAGAUGAGGAUCUCUCUGUUGUUCCACUGCUUUUCGACUCUCAACCUACUUAUUCUUUGCAACGGAGCUACCAGGCUGUACUACCUGUGUAUUAAGGAAAUAGAGUGGAAUUAUGCACCUACUGGGAGGAAUGUCAUCAGUGAUACUAACAUCACACUUGAUCAAGAUGCUUCUGUAUUUCUUCAGCAAGGAAGAGAUCGAAUAGGAAGCAUUUAUAAAAAGGCUGUCUAUAAGCAGUAUUCUGAUGGUACAUAUACAAGAGAAAUUCAGCAACCUGCUUGGCUGGGAUACCUUGGGCCAGUAAUUAAGGGAGAAGUUGGCGAUGUUCUCAUCAUCCAUUUGAAAAAUGAUGCAUCAAGGCCUUACACCGUUCAUCCACACGGCGUCUUCUAUAAGAAAGACUCUGAAGGGUCUUUAUAUCCUGAUAACACCCAUGGUGAUGAUAAGAAAGACGAUGCUGUGCCUCCUGGAGGGCACCAUACCUAUGUGUGGAAUGUGACAGAAGAUCAUGCUCCAACAUCCGAUGACCCAAGUUGUCUGACAUGGAUCUACCAUUCUCAUGUUGAUGCACCAUGUGAUAUUGCUACUGGCCUUAUUGGAGCCUUACUGACUUGCAAACGAGGAGUCCUGGAUGGCACUUCAUUGACUCGCACAGAUGUGGACAGAGACUUUAUAUUAAUGUUCUCUGUAGUUGAUGAGAACAUGAGCUGGUACCUUGAUGACAACAUAAAACAUUAUGCUGAAUCUGACUCUGUGAUCAAAGAUGAUGAGGAAUUUCAGGAAAGCAAUAAGAUGCAUGCUAUAAAUGGCUAUUUAUUUGGGAACCUUCCUGGUAUUGAGAUGUGCUCAGGGGACCAUGUAUCUUGGCAUCUGUUCGGGAUUGGGAAUGAAGUGGACAUUCACACAGCUUUCUUCCAUGGACAGACACUAACCAUUAGGAACCACAGAUCAGAUGUAGUAAGCCUGUUUCCAGCAACAUUUGUCACUGCAGAGAUGCUUCCUAGCCACAUUGGUAAAUGGCUUCUCAGCUGUCAAGUAAAUGAUCACCUUAAAGCUGGCAUGCUAGCAUUGUAUAAAGUCAAUGAAUGUUACAAGAGCUCCAAUAAUUACCAACUAAAUGGGAAAAAAAGGGAAUACUUCAUCGCUGCAGAGGACAUUUUGUGGAAUUAUGGACCUUCUGGCACUGACAAUGACAGCGGUAAAAGCCUUACAGAACCAGACAGCUAUUCAGAGAUUUUUUUCAAGAAGGGACCUAAGACAAUUGGCGGAGAGUACUGGAAGGUGAAAUAUGUGGAAUACACAGACAGCUCUUUCCAGACUGUGAAGAAACAAAAUGCAUCGGAGCAUCACCUUGGAAUACUUGGUCCAGUCAUUAAAGCUGAGGUGGGAGAUAAUAUCACAGUAGUUUUCUUCAACAAUGCAUCCAGACCCUACAGCGUCCAGCCUCAUGGGGUUCUUCAUGAAAAAGGAAGUGAAGGAACUAUUUACAAUGAUGGUGAAGUGUGGCAUGGGUCAGCUGUUAAUCCGUCUGAAAAAAAAACUUAUUCUUGGAUGGUACCACAACAUGUUGGACCUACAGCAAGUGACCCACCAUGCCUAAUAAGGAUGUACUACUCUGGAGUUGACCCUAUAAGAGAUACUCACUCUGGCCUUGUAGGACCCCUGGUUAUCUGCAGACCUGGGUCACUGAAUGAAGACAACAGGCAGAUUGGAGUUGACAAAGAAUUUUACCUUCUGUUCAUCAUUUUUGAUGAGAACCUCAGCUGGAAGCUAAAUGACAGUAUGCUGAAUGUUUGGGGAGAACUAAAAAGUACACUGCUAGAGGAAUCAGAGUUUCUUGAUUCCAACAACAUGUACUCUGUUAAUGGAUUUGUGUUCUCCAAUUUGCCUGGCUUGGAAAUGUGUAAAGGAGAAAAUGUUUCAUGGCACCUCUUAGGGCUUGGAUCUGAGCAUGAUGUCCAUGCAGUUGUGUUUGAAGGUAACACUAUAAUGCUGGAUGGAAAACGACGGGAUUCUGCUGUCAUAUUUCCUCAUACAUUUGUAACAGCGACCAUGCAACCAGACAAUACAGGCACUUUUGGGGUCAUCUGUCAAAGCAACCAUCAUUUCCUGGGUGGGAUGAAACAACACUAUCAAGUGUUUGAGUGUGAUAAUAAGCCUCGUAUGUAUGGUGAGUCCUUCAAGGUGGUACGGGUGUACUACCUAAUGGCAGUUGAGCUGGAGUGGGAUUAUUCACCAGACAGAACUUGGGAGUUGGCACGACACAAUCGUGCAGGAAAUGAAAGCUAUGGAGAUACUUUUGUCGGCAAAGAAGAUAACCUCAUUGGCUCUAAAUACAAGAAAGUGGUGUACAAAGAAUACACUGAUGAGACAUUCAAGACUCGCAAAGAGAGGUCAGAAGAUGAGGAGCAUCUUGGAAUAUUAGGUCCACUGAUUUCUGCAGAGGUUGGAGACAUUAUUAUUAUUGUGUUUAAAAAUAAUGCUACUCAUCCAUAUUCUGUUCAUGCUCAUGGUGUGCAAGAAUUAAAUCUUGGACAGAGAUCUGCUGCCAUGCCUGGUGAAAUUGUUACAUAUGAAUGGCUCAUUCAACAGAGGUCAGGUCCCGGACAAGGUGAUUCACAUUGCAUUACAUGGGCCUAUUACUCUACAGUUCAUCUUGUGAAGGAUCUGCAUAGUGGCUUAAUUGGUCCAUUGGUUGUUUGUCAAAAAGGACUCCUUAAUCCAAAAGGAAGAAGAAAAGACAUAGACAGAGAAUUUGCUCUUUUAUUUUUAGUUUUUGAUGAGAAUGAGUCUUGGUACUUGGAAGACAAUAUACGGGUCUAUCUAAAUAAAGAGCUACCUGAAAUGGAUCUUGAAAACAGUGCAUUUGUGCAAAGCAACAGAAUGCAUGCUAUCAAUGGAAUGGUUUAUGCAAAUCUCCAUGGACUUUCUAUGUACCAGGGUGACAGAGUAGACUGGUACUUACUGGGAAUGGGCACAGACACUGAUAUUCAUACUGUUCACUUCCAUGCAGAGAGCUUCACCUACAUGAGUACAACAAGACAUCGCGCUGAUGUGUUUGACUUGUUUCCUGCAACUUUCCAGACAGUAGAAAUGGUAGUUACUAAUCCAGGUACUUGGUUACUUCACUGCCAUGUGAGUGACCACAUCCAUGCUGGCAUGGAGAUAACAUACACAGUGAUACAAAAACGAGAUAAAGCAAUCCCAGCAACAGUGAAGACAAGAGAGUCUGAUUCCAACAACAAGGUCAUUCUGUUUGGUCAAAGUGUGGCUCAUGUAAAAGCGGAGCUAAUGUUGACUGCUUUGUCAGUUGCAGGGAUUGUUUUACUUGUGGUUGUGUUUUUUCUCACUGGAGUUACUUGUUACCUCUCCAAGAAAAAAGGCACGUAUGAGAAUCACAUUACAAGACUUCCUUUAAAUAUUCUCUGAGUCAUACAGACUGUACAGCCAGAUGGUUUCUGUGGAACCUAGCAACAUCGUUUUGUAAACAGACUCUGAAUAUGAAGUAGUUGAAUGGUGAAUAAUGAAACAAACAAAAAAAGUGUUUUACAAGAUAGCUGGGAAGAUUUUAGUAUACACCUAUCAGAGGUAUUCACAGAGUAUUAAAAUAUUCUUCAGAACAAGUUCAACAGACCAAAGAGAAGACAACAUACACACUAGAAUCGCACAGUUCUAAGAAUCAGCAAACUGACAUGCCUGGAAGGAAAAGUAAUUUUAAGGACAUUUAAAAUCGACACUGAUAGCAUUUAUACUUUCUAGGAAAUAAUUUAGUUUAAGAAUAUGUUUUUUGAUGUUUUUCUCACCACAUUCACUAUGUGUCACAAUAUAUCUAUUUAUAUUUUCACUAAGGAAACAUCUUAAAAUAUCAGGUAUUUUUAAAACGUAAGUACAAUUGUACAUAUAAGCUUGACAUGUGAAUCUUUAAAAAGGCAUUACUGCAAGAGUAUACAUUUCCAGUCAUUAAAAGAAUUUCUAGUUUUGAAAAUUGUUUAAAAUGUUGGGAAAGGACUUGUAUUUUUAGGGAUUAUAAAGCAACAUUUGUGAUACCUCAUGUCAUUAUCUCUUGGUUAUAGAGGUCUUCCUGCACCACAGAAUUGAGUCUUAUAAUCUCAGUGUAUUGCAAACAAUUGGAAAUUAUUCUCAAACUGCUUGAACAAAAACUGGAUUUAAAUGCAAUACUGAAUCCUCAUUCGUGCAUUCUGACAUCCUACUGACACGUGUUGCUCGCAUUUUGAUUAAUGCAAGUACAUUACUGUGCAUGCAUUACUGAAUGCAUGUAAUGCUACUGGAUGCAGUUAAUAAUUAACCCAGUGGAUUUAGCUCUAAGUCAAAAAUAAAGUGAAUUUUGUAAGA